GCUUUUAUUUUGUAAAAGAUAAAUUUAGAGAGAUCAUGAGUUACAGUUGUCCUCAUUUAAGAGCUGCCUUUUCUGUCCCGAGGAUUUCUCGCAAGUCAUAACCAACAAAUGAGCAAAUAUACCCGCAUAUUUCCAAUUUUCAGUCCUUACCCAUUCCACAAUCUCCAUUUUCCGCAUCUCCUUCUCUUCUUCUAUUUAAUCCGAAUCCACCGUAAACUCUCAACGGCCUCUUUCUUUCUCUGCAAAAACUGUUCACAGAAGACAUGAAUUCAGAACCUUCAGUUCCAUUCAAGCAUGGAAGAUAUCUGAAACAACUCGACUGCCAAAUCGCCGUUCAUGUCACCAUUAUUUCAUCUUCUGCACCCGCAGCACCAACAGCUUCGUGCUCUUACUUGCCACGCCCUCGCUUCGGCGUAUACUUAGGCAUCGUAUUGGCCUCGAUUCUGGCGGGAGCCAUCUUAUACCUCCUCGCAAACUCCAUCAGAGACUGCUUGAGGCGACGCAACCAGCCACGAGAAAGCUGCUCCUUCCCCACUUCAGGAGGGGAUGAACUUGGCUUCAUUCCCACGAGGGUCGUGCAUGGCAGCGGGGAAGGCGCGUUCAACGAGGACUGCGUCAUCUGUUUGUCUGAGUUUGAGGAGGGGGAGACGAUCAGAGAUUUACCCAAGUGCGGGCAUGCUUUCCACAAGGAUUGCUUGGAUAGGUGGCUGCACUCCAACUGCGCGUCGGCGCCGAUGUGCCCGAUUUGCAGGAGUCAGGUGAUGCAGAGGAACGAUUACGGCGUGGGCCAAACAGAAGAUAGAGGUGGGGAGGACUCUAGUUUGGGUAUCCCUCUGGCCAUGCUUGCAAAUUCUCGGCACCUCGUCCUGAUGUGAUUUUACUUUCCUGUUUGUUUAACGAUUGUGCGCAAGGGAGAGGAGAGGCAUGUCCUGGUUUUGAUUGUCCCUUGGCAUCUGUUUGUGGACUGCCGUUCUUUCUCUGUUCUGGUGAGACUUCUGUACUAAGAAGGCUGCUGACAAAUGGGUUUCCAACUUACGACUUUUUCUCUUUCUUCGU